AUGGGGAACUUUGCUUCUACCUGUGAUAGAACCAGGCAUUACCAUCAGCAUGGGACGAAACUUACCCUUGAGGAUCGCCCAUCAAACUUGAAGAUUGUCAUUGUUGGUGCAGGAAUUGGCGGCUUGUCUGCUGCCAUUGGACUGCGGCGUAAUGGUCACGAAGUUCGUCUGUUCGAACAAUCAGCGUUCGCCAGUGAGGCUGGUGCCGCAGUACACCUGAGUCCAAACUCGAACGGCAUUCUGAGGAGAUGGGAGUUUGGAGCAAAUCCAAUGAACCGGCUCAUCGAACUUCUUCCAAACGGACAGAUCGUCAAGGACGUUGACCUCAUAGAGUUCAAUAAGCGAUGGCAGCACCCUUGGCACCUGGUACACCGAGUUAACCUACAUGAAAGGCUGAAGAAACUGGCCACUUCGGAGGAAGGGGAUGGAAUACCAACACAGUUGCAUACUUCGAGUAAGGUUAUGGAUGUUGACACAGCUCAAGGGAUCAUCAGGUUGGCGAACGGCGAGACAGUUGCUGCUGAUGUGAUCAUCGGUGCUGAUGGCAUUUAUUCCACAACGAGGAAAUACAUCAAGGACGCCAAACUGUUCAGCUCUGGCAAGGCAGCAUUCAGGUUUCUCAUUCCCAGAAACAUUGCCGAAGCAGACCCAGUCGCCGCGCCUCUAGUAGAGCACCCCAACACAAUGAGAAUAUGGUAUGGAGACGACCGGCGAAUAGUCAUGUAUCCAUGCAAUAACAACCAAUUGCUCAACUUUGUCUGUACUCAUCCGGAUACAGAAUCUCACCCUACCAAAAGCGAUGAAUGGAACAAACAAGGCUCUCUCGAACAAGUGCUAAAGGUCUUCGAGGCUUUUGAUCCUGCCGUCAAAGCGCUCAUAGCGAAAGUUGACCCUUCAACGCUAAAAGUGUGGCAGCUUUUGGAUAUGGAGAAACUGCCAACAUUGACAAAGGGGAAAAUGGUACUACUUGGAGACGCCGGCCACCCCUUUACACCUCAUCAAGGCCAAGGAGCCGGCCAGGCGAUCGAGGACGCAGCAGCUCUGACCAUAGUGCUACCGAGAGGGACCAAGCCGGCUGAUGUUUUCGAGCGACUGAAGCUGUACGAAGCGAUCCGAUAUGAGCGAGCUCACACCAUACAAAACUAUUCGAGGCUUGCGGGCUCGGAUUGGAUCAACGGAAAACCACAAGUUGAAAUUGAGCUUUUGACCAAGGCUACAAACUACAACUUCGGCCACGACGAGAUCGAUCAUUCAAGAAACAUGUUCAAUAAAUGGCUGUGGUCUAGAAAUCCCAACGCUUGCUGGCGGAUGCCCAUCGGAUUUGGGCCACUUCCGGCUCCUGGACCUCCGAGUCAACAAGACCGCCAUGCUUAUUUCACGUCGAUGAUUAUCCGGUUCAAAACUUCACGCACGUUUCUUGAGACCCUUUUCCCGACUGCGCAGUUCCGAUUCAAGGAGGUCAGCACCGUGGCCACGGCAAGCUUUGCAGCAACCCGGGCCCAUAACAGCAAGCACACCACUCUGAGAUUUUACGUACAUGGUGUGCAGUACCUCAAGAAAGACGGAACCGCUGUUGACGGGACAUAUAUGUCCGUGGUCUUUGAGUCCCCUGCUGUUUUCGGUACAAAAGAGGCCGGCCUUCUUCCCAAAGUACUCUGCGAUAUUGAGCUUUCGACAGACAACACCUCUGCCAGGGUCACAGUAAGCUGGCGGGGUGCAACCUUUGCUGAUAUCACAAUUGAUGAUCUCCAGGACGAAGAGAAAACUGAAAGGAACGAUGAGGGUGUGCCCUGGCAAGAAGAAAACAAAGACGAGGAAGUUGUUCUGUUUUACCGAUACAUACCUGCCCUCGACAGCCCCGGGAAAACAGCUACCGAGUAUCCAUGUUUGAUACCCAGACCAGCUUGCAUCGGGGAGGAAAAGCCGAAGAGUAUGAAGGUUACAAAGGUGAUGAGACCGAGGCCAGAGUCAGUUAGGACAGGUCCUACUGUCAAGAUGGACGGCCACAACUGGGAAAAGCUGCCCACUUUGCAUCACAUAGCUUCGACGCUGGCCGAGGUUCCGAUAUACGAGAUAGUGGACGCAAAAGUCAUAGUAGGAACGGGGAUAACAGAUGAUAGUAUGUCUUUUAUGAAGCUCGAAUAG